AAUGGCGAAUAUGGAGGAGUUUUUGUACGGGCAUAGCGUCAUAUUUUAAACUUUAUGCCAUUUUAAUAGCUUUUUAUACUCGGUGGUGUUUAUUUUAUGCAUUUCUGGCUAGGUUGUUUUAUUAAACCGCGAGCGCUACUCGUUUAUCACACUAACGGAAGAUCAUUUGAAAUAUGUUGUUGUUACUCUAGCUAGCUACAUUAGCUUAAUAGCAGGAAACAUGAAGUGCUUUCGUUAGCAAUGAUAUGACCGCAGAAAUGACAAAUACAUUUCUAUUAUUAAUGGUUGAGUAAAAGGAUUCGGUCACACUUCACCUGAAGUCAUGGCUUUACACAACUUGGUGUUCGUCAUCGAUGUGGAUUAUAGAGAUCACGAGUCAGGAGAGCAACUGGAUGUCAACAAUCAUCUGUUGAAACGAGGAAUAUUACAAACCCUGCUGCAUUUCGGCUACAAAUAUGGAUUUGACAAAGUGCGCUGGGGUUAUAAAUUCUUCCAAUCCAAGACUGGCCGAAAUGCAAGCCUCAUAUCAAGGGGGUCAGACUUCAAGGAGCUUCGUCACAAGACUUUUGAGGACUUUGAAAUAGAGUUUGAAGCUAAGGUUGACGUGAAGGAUAAAUCGUGUCCGUCAAAGCAGAAGCAGAAAUUCAAUCAUUCUGCCUGUGUUCACAAUGCACUCAAAGAAACCCUGCUGGACUUCCAGUGGGACAGACCAGACAUCACCUCUCCCACCAAACUGUCUCUCAGGCCGAGGAAGUCUGUCCAAGCUGGAAAGCCCAGUGUUUCAUUGGAGGAUGAGACAUCCAGCAAGGGGAGGAAUUUGGUGUUUGUUGUCUCGGAGUGUCCACGCUCCAGCUCACAAUUUGUGGACUAUCUUUCUUUGGGAAACAGUGACCUGUCCACAGAUGUGACAGAUCAAAUAUUACCCAGAGGCCUUCACGACAUGCUGCUUCAGCGACAGGUUGUGCUGCACUGGAUUGACAGUAGAUCUCAUGUCCAGGUCAUGAAGUGUGAGGAUCAUGUUGGUGCUGAGAAGCUGUCCAAGGUCCUCGCUCAGCUGGGUGGCAGAGUGAUCCCUGUGAUUGCUCUGCUGAACCUCUGUUCCACUCAAAAGCCAGACUCAGGCUUCAGCAGACAGACCUUUGCAUUCAAGUCCAACGUUGGAUACCUCCUGUCUUCUGAAAGGCUCCACCGCCUGGCUUUUCCUGUCACAGGUGGUGUUCUGCAGUGGGAGCAAGGUUAG